AUGAAUGGUGAUUCUCUCCCAGAGAAGGCCUUGUCGCCUCGAGAAUUCGUUCCCGACGAAUUUGAGAAAUUCAUUUGCCACCACUGCGGCAUGGUCAACGACGAUGUCCAAAUAUUCCCCAAAGAGCCGGAGACCUCUGUCGCGAGGGACAAAGGUCCUAAGCGUAAGUCUCCGGACAGACAUGAGCCAGCCAGAGUGAGAGUGAUGUCAACUCUAGCACUAUACAGAGAGAUUAUCCGGGAGCUUUUUUUGGAAAAAACAAAAGCGGAUAAAGAGAGCAUCUUCAUGAGAAGGAUAGACCUUUAUGCCGCGAGAGAAGUCAAGAAACGAGUUGGAUAUGUCCACGGCACAACUCGAUUUAUCGGAGAAGUUCCAGGAGUGGAAGUGGGAGACCAGUUCCGAUACAGGAUGGAAUUAGCUGUUGUUGGACUCCAUCGCCCUCCACAGGGCGGCAUCGAUUACAUGGGAUCUCACCAGGACGUCCUAGCCACAAGCAUUGUCGCCUCCCGGGAUUAUACAGAUGAUCCGACAAAUCCAAAUGAGCUGGUUUAUUUGGGCCAAGGUGGAACGCUUAGUUACGACAAGAGGGCCGAAGAUCAGAGUCUUACUCGGGGGAAUUUAGCCCUAGUGAAUAGCAUGAAGAGAAACCAGCCGGUGAGAGUGAUCCGUAAAGAUAUGGGUCACACCUUUACGUACGAUGGGCUGUAUGUGGUAGACAGGUACCGAAAGAUACCCGGAGUUAGGGGAAAGAUAGUUUUUGAAUUUGUGUUGAAGAGACUGUCGAGCCAACUCGAGAUACUCCAACAUAAGAGGAUGAAAGUGGGCUCAAUAUUGACAUUUUCCCAAGUUGAUGGAGAUGGUGGUGGCGGUGGGCAACCAUGGACGGCGCUCGCGGCUAGCCAUGAGCCCUCCCUCACCCCCUGCAUUUUCGAGGUGCCUUGCGGCUUCAAUGUCUUCACCUCCCUCCAUAGGUCGUCCGUCGCCCCUCCCGGUUCCAAGAACAAGCGCAAGCCCCUCGUCAUCAUCAUCACAUGCGACCCCGAGUGCUCCCCCAAUCCUUGCAUCAUUGAAGUCCCCUGGGGCUCCGAUGUGGUUGCCUCCAUCACAGCUUCCGGAUCUGACGAGGCUGCCCUUGCCAGGCCGCGGGGGUCGAGCCCUUGCUCUGGCCGUGAGGUUUGA